GUUGUUUAAUAGCCCCAAUGGCUUUUUACAUAUCAGAUAAUGCAAAUAACUGACAUGUUGGAAAGCCAGUAAAGCAUUUACACGCAUGCUCGAAGCUAUCUGAAAAGCUACACUGUUUCUGUGUGUGGUUCUCGGCGUGUUUAUCCGAUUUAGCAGCUAUUAUAUCAGCAUAUCAUUUAGAAAAGAAUGAAUUAUUCAGAUUACGACUCGGAUGGUUAUGCCUCAAAUGAGGAUGCAGAUUAUGUCCCGUCCGGAUGUGAGAAUGAUAACAAAGAUGCAACUCACCAAGACACCUGCUGGUCUUUUAUCACCCUGUCCUGCUGUCUUGAUCUUAUGAUAAUCUAAGUGAGGAUGAUAUGAAUGAAUGUGUGAAGGAAGAUGGUCUGGAGGGCGAGGAACAAGAUGGGCAGGAGUCAAAAUGUGUGAAGAAGAAAAUGAAGAAAACCAAAGGUGGAAUUCCUAUGAGAAAAAGGAAAAAAGGAGGCCUCAAACUUGUAGAAGACGGUGAGGGAAGUGCUGCGGGAAAUGCUGCAGACCAACAGAGAGUCGAAGAUGAUACGAAAGAUGAUGUUUCUACAGACAGAUCAAAGCAGAUGAAUGAAGAAAAGAAGAAGAAAGCAGACGAUCUUUGGGCUAGCUUUCUGAAUGAUGUUGGUCCUCGACCUAAAGCACCAGUAACUUCAAGCACAGGCUCUCAACAGUCCACAUCCACAGCCGUCAUAGAUCAGCCCAGUAAACCUUCCACGGGGUCUCAGCAGGAGGAUAAACCCAAAGAAUCCUCCAAAAUCACAAUUACACAGGUGUUUGAUUUUGCUGGAGAAGAAGUGCGAGUCACUAAAGAAGUGGAUGCAAACUCACGGGAGGCCAAAAGUUUUCUCAAGAAUGAGGAGGAGACGUCACAGGAGAACAAGGAAAAGGAGCCCAUGUCCUCUAAACCAGAGCCCUCCGUACUGUCCUCUUCUGGAUCCAGUGUAAAGAGGCCAGCAGGGAUGUCGAGCCUCCUGAAUCGCAUUGGGCCCAAAAAACAGAAGAUGAGCACUUUGGAGAAGUCUAAACUGGACUGGGAUGCCUUUAAAUCAGAAGAGGGCAUUGCAGACGAGCUGGCCAUCCAUAAUCGAGGCAAAGAAGGGUACGUGGAGAGAAAGAACUUCCUGGAGCGAGUUGACCAUAGGCAGUUUGAGCUGGAGAAGUCUGUGCGUCUCAACAACAUGAAACGAUGACAACAGGAGAAGGCAGAUACACCAAUCACAACACAGACUAUCUCACCUUCACACACCGCGCAUACACACUUUAUUUCUUUAGUCAUGUAAACCUGUGCUGAAACAUCGACUGCUCUGCCGUCACAAUCUCUUGGAUAUUUUCCGCGUAGACAGCACUUAUACCUUGACGAGAAACAUGUCAUCUGUUAUUGUACUGUACCUGAUCACAACAUAAUUCACCCGUGUGAAUUCGACUUCCUUCCUUUGCCCAGUAUUGCAUGUGUACAUCUAUCAGGGCAUCUAAAACAUGAAUGAAGUAUAGCUCAGUAGCAUUUAUCUCUGUUUUUUUAAAAACCUUAUUUUAUCCAUCUAAAAAUUCGAAAAAGUAGGUUUUCAACUUUAAAUCUGAACAUUUAGUGUCUCUAGUGUUCACUUGAAAUAAAAACUGCUGCAUUUUAUUAUCAUGACCGUGUCUACACAGAGACAUUCAGGGACAUUGUUUAUUAUGAUUUCGUUAUAUAAAAGGGUGCCAUUGUUUUUUUUCUUGUAUAUACAUACUACUGUACGUCUCGACGGUUUAUUUUGGUAAAAGUUUGGUAUGGUAAUUAACCCUCCGUCAUUUUAAACAAUGUGUUUCACUGUUUGACAUAAAUAAAUCAAGUCAUUUGUUUUGGA